UCUCCAAGAUCAAAUGAAUGAAAUGAACGCGACAUUACAGAUCAGUGGCGAGGAAUUACUCGCCAGACAGAUUAAGAAGAUAGAGGACAAGUUCGAGAGUUUUGCAGUGUCUGUAAAUGAAACGAUCAACAACAAUCGGCGGGUUCUGAAUGAAUUGAACCAGUCCUUGUCAGAAGCGCUUUCAAUGAGUUGUGGUAGUUGUUGGGAAAUUUUACGGAAAUACCCGUCUUAUAAGGGAAGAAAUGGUGUAUACAGAAUAUUCGUAGGCUCUAAAGUAAAGUCUGUUUACUGUGACAUGAGCACUGAUGGAGGAGGGUGGACGACUAUUCAAAGAAGACUGGACGGGUCUACAGAUUUUUACAAGACGUGGUCUGAAUAUAAGCAAGGAUUUGGGGAUGCCUCUAAAAACUACUGGAUUGGAAAUGACGCAAUCUAUGAGUUGACAAAGAACAAGGACCAGGAACUCCGGGUUGAACUACAAAGAUUUAACGGAGACAAAGCAUACGCUCAGUACUCCACAUUUUAUGUCGAGGAUGAAGACAGUAAAUACAAACUCACUGUAUCGGGGUAUUCAGGAACAGCAGGUGACGCUUUGACUUAUAACAAUGGAAAUAAAUUCACAACAAAGGACCAGGAUAAUGACAUGCAUAGUCGUGGUGGUAACUGUGCUACAUCAUACCACGGAGGCUGGUGGUACAGGUACUGUGCGUAUGCAAACAUGAACGGACUGUACGGACAGUCUGGUGUGUCUGGUGAUCAGUACACAGUAUGGCAUCAGUGGAAAGUAUGGGAAGCAUUAAAACAGACUGUGAUGAUGAUCAGAUACAAAACCUAG